CAAAGGGUCCAUUUGACACAUAGAUCAUGUCAACUCAAAAGAUACUCUCAAGACUACAAUCCGGCCUUGGCGCAGCAAAGCUUUCGCCCAACAUCACCAAGAUCUCGGUCUCCUUGGCCACGAAGGGCAAGAAUGAGUGCGCUGGUGCAAGACACUUCAUCAAGGAAGACUUGCCUGGAGUUCAGUACAACAAUCCUGCUGUUGAAUAUGAAAUUAUCAAGUCUCCUGAGGCUGCUACAAAGCCUGUUUUGACUGUAUCAUUCGCUGAUCAAUCAACAAAAACAAUUGAACUCGCUCGCCAGCAAUCAUCAUCCAUUUGCAAACAACUUAUGGAAAUUGCCGCAUAGAUAUCGCUUUUUCUCAUCCUGUAUAUUGUUUCUUACCUGUUUACAACAUUUACCUACUAUCAUAGACACACCCCAAUUGCAAAUACAU